AUGGAUAACAAUUUCUUUCCAAGUGGAGAAACCCUUUAUAGGAGAACUCCAGAUAUGGGUCUUCUCAGGUGUGUCGAUGCUAUUGAAGCUACGAAGCUUCUCGAACAGAUUCACGCGGGAGUUUGUGGAACACAUAUGAAUGGGCUUACCUUGGCAAAGAAAAUCCUUCGAGCUGGCUAUUUUUGGAUGACUAUGGAGCAUGAUUGUUGUAAGUAUGUGCAAAAAUUCCAUCAAUGUCAAGUGUAUGGUGAUUUGAUUCGAGUACCUCCGCACGAACUCCAUGCUGUGAGUUCUUCUUGGCCGUUUAUGGCUUGGGGUAUGGAUGUCAUUGGUCCAAUAGAGCCAUCCGCCUCUAAUGGACAUAGGUUCAUUUUAGUUGCUAUUGAUUAUUUUACCAAGUGGGUGGAAGCAGCCUCGUAUAAAUCAGUCACGAAGAAGGUAGUAGUAGACUUCGUCCGUAACAAUUUGAUAUGUAGAUUUGGAAUACCGGAUUCCAUCAUUACUGAUAAUGGAGCAAAUCUCACUAGUCAUUUGAUGAAAGAGAUAUGUGAGCAAUUCAAGAUUAAUCAUCGAAAGUCAACCGCAUAUCGUCCUCAAAUGAAUAGAGCCGUAGAAGCUGCCAACAAGAACAUCAAAAAGAUCUUGAGGAAAAUGAUUGGCAAUCACAGAGGUUGGCAUGAGAUGUUGUCAUACGCUCUGUUGGGAUACCGAACAACUGUCAGAACAUCAAUUGGAGCAACCCCAUACUUGCUAGUGUAUGGGACGGAAGCCGUAAUCCCUGUCGAAGUAGAAAUACCUUCGUUGAGAAUCAUUCAAGAAGCUGAAUUGAGCAAUGCCGAUUGGGUUCGUAAUCGAAUUGAACAUUUAGCUUUGAUUGAUGAAAAGAGAAUGACUUCCAUUUGCCAUGGUCAACUGUACCAGCAAAGAAUGACUCGUGCUUUUAACAAGCGAGUGAGACGAAGAACAUUUGAAGUUGGUCAGUUGGUUCUCAAACGCAUUUUUCCACAUCAAAAUGAUUAUAAAGGAAAGUUUGCGCCAAAUCGGCAAGGACCAUACAUGGUUCGCAAAGUGUUGUCUGGAGAUGCCUUAAUAUUGUCUGAAAUGGAUGGCCAAGAGUGGCCGAAGCCAAUCAACUCAGACGCCGUCAAGAGAUACUAUGUUUGA